AUGAACUCCAUGCUGAUCCUGCAGCUGAUUUUGCUAGGUCCUGCUGCUGCUGCUGGCUGCAAUAGGGAUGCUGACAGGCCACUCAUCCUGGCUAAAAUCAAGGCACAUUUCCUGGACUUUCUUGGUCCUGUCCCCCCAAAUGAAAGGUUCCAAGGGGGACAAAGGGGGCUCCACAGGCGGCAUACCUUGGACACAGCAGUGACUCGCAGCUUGGAGGAAGAAGACAUCUCCCAAGUGAUUGCUUUCCCAACCCAAGAGGUAUCCUGUGAGCCACUUCAGCCAGAUGAGCUUCCAGAGGAUGAGGGAGUUUUCACCCACAUUUUUCAACCCUCAAUACAUAUCCUGAGUCGUGAGGUGACAGCAGCCCAGCUGUGGUUUUACACGGGCCCUGUGAUUGUUCAGAACAGCCCCUUAGAAGCUGCCUCCAACAACUCCUUCCCAGAGAUAUUGACGCUCUCUGAAGAAGGCCAGGUUCCUCUAGCCACCAGGGCCAUGCCAGCUCCUGAGGGCUGGACUGUCUUUCAUUUUAGAAGAUCCUUCUUCCAUUACCUUUCCCAGAAUGUAUUUGUGCUCUUCAUCCGUUGCCUAGGCUGCCCCUGUGUGGCCGAUGCUGAAAAAAUGCCUUUCCUUGUGGCAACCACCAAACCCAAAACACAGGACCGGGCCCGGCGUUCCUCAAAAGAAAACUUUCUAGCUAAUCUCACUUUGUUCCAGCAUAAUGUUAUGCCCCAUGACAACUGCCACCGCACCUCCAUCAACAUCUCUUUUGAAGAACUAGGGUGGGACAAUUGGAUCGUCCAUCCUAGCAGCUUUAUGUUUUAUUACUGUCAUGGAAACUGUUCUGGCAUCCAGACUUUGAUUCCCAACUCCCAAAAUUGCUGUGCUGCCUUGCCAAGCACAAUGCAGUCUCUGAGAGUUCGCACCACCUCCGACGGUGGCUACUCCUUCAAGUAUGAGACAGUGCCCAACAUCAUCACCCAGGACUGUGUCUGCAUGUAA